AUGGCCAGGGAUGACUACUUCAAAAGCUGGGCUCCUGCCAAGUCUCUUGACCAAGAGCGAGUGGCUGAACCAGGCCGAUAUGGAGACCCUGGAAAUAAAGCUCACUCUGUCUCUGCAAAGAAGACAGGACUGAAUGGUCCAGAUGCCACCAAAGACCCGUGUCUGAGGGUUCGCUGUCCUCCUCACAAGGUGUGCGUCAGUCACGACUUCCAGACUGCAAUCUGCACCAAUCACAAGCAACCAGCACACAGUGUGAAAGCCAGGAAAGGCAGUGUUAGCCACAAGCACAGGGUCGAAGCCGGGGCUCAUAGGAAAUGUAGGCUUUGCUCAGCUCUCCUGUCAACACCUGUUUGUGGUUCUGAUGGACACAGCUAUUCUUCCAAGUGUAAGAUGGAGUUCCAGAGUUGUUUGUCUGGGAAGAUGAUCUCAGUGAAAUGUGAUGGACUGUGUCCCUGUUUGCCUGGUCACGAGUUCAUCAAACCAUCGCACAAUCCUGAAAAGGCUGCCUGCACUGACGCGGAGCUCCACAGUUUGGCUGCCAGGCUGAAGGACUGGUUCGGAGUUCUCCACCUCGAUGCCAACAGAGACCUCAAAUCCUCUGACAGUUCUGACUCCACUGCUGGUCAUUUUGACACCAGCAUCUUGCCCAUUUGUAAGGACUCACUGGGCUGGAUGUUCAAUAAGCUUGACAUGAACUUUGACCUCCUGCUGGACCAAUCAGAGCUGAACGCCAUCUACUUGGACAAGUACGAGCUGUGCAUGAAGCCUCUCUUCAACUCCUGCGACUCCUUUAAGGACGGCAAGUUGUCUAACAACGAGUGGUGCUACUGUUUCCAGAAGCCCGAAGGACUGCCUUGUCAAACUGAGAAGAGCAGGAUCCAGAAUCAGAGUCGAAGAAAGAGCCUCAUAGGCUCCUAUAUCCCUCGUUGCACCGAUGAGGGCUACUACAAACCAACCCAGUGUCACAGCAACACCGGCCAGUGCUGGUGUGUGGACAAGUACGGCAAUGAGAUCGCUGGCUCCAGAAAACAGGGCAACCCCAACUGCGACGAGGAAACGGAGACAUCGGGGGAUUUUGGCAGUGGCGGUGCAGUCAUCCUCCUUGACGACCAAGAAGAGGAGCCAACGCAGAGCGAGCGAAGUCGGCAGAAGAAAAGACGGGGCCGAAUCCACCCCAGGGGAGCCAUAGAGGAUGACGAGGACGAGGAAGAAGACAAGGAUGAUGAAACUGGCUAUAUUUGGUAGCUUCAUUCCAUUUUUCUUUGCCAUCAUCUGACCAGGAAACUCUGUUAACUCGGCACAGAUCUAAAGCCAUUCCAAUGUCUCUUCCUCCAGUUAUCUUGGCAGCAGUCCAUCCUUUGGCUCCUGAGCCUGCUCUUGUCCCUGUGCCCCAUCACUUCCCCCUUAUCGCUCUUCAAUAAACUUCACAUAAACUUUAUUUUUGAGUGUUCUACUCUUCCCCUCAAAUACCAAACAGAGCUCAUAAAGUUGAAACAACUAUCAAGCCCUUGAAAGGACUGUACUCAAUCCACUUUUAGCUUCUCCGAAACCUACAGUCUGUAAACCUUUCAAACAUGGACACUUCUUUCUUUUAGGCCCUUUAUCUCUCCAUUUGCUGUAUGUCAGUAUCAAUGUCUCUGAUCAGUGCGUGAGUCCAGAUGCAUUAGAUGUAUUGGAUGUAAAUAUGUUUCUGCCACAGAGGCUUCACUGUGGAUUUCCUUGCCCUGUUGUUCCAUCAUCGAU